AUGAUCAAAUUAGUGAAGACUGGCCAAUGUAUCCACUUCAUCCGCGUCCCGCAAAGUCCACGGCCGAGCUCACGUACCGACCCGGAAAGCAACGUCCCGCGGUCGAGCGUUCUUAGCUCGACCGCGCCACGCGAACAGAAGGCAACGCAUCGCGGCCGCGCGGCACAACCAUGUACCACGGCCGACCCAUCCGUCCGACCAGGAAGGCUUCGUCCCGCGACCGGCCAAGAUUCAUCGGCCAAAUCAUCCAUCCGUCCGACCCGUCGGCCGAACACGAAAACUCUCGGCCACGAUCGUUCCGACCGUGCCGAUAGCCGACACGACCCGAUGACCGGCCGACCGUCCCGACCGACCGUCCGAACGGUCCGAUCGACCCGAAGCCCGUUUUGA